AUGCCCACCUCGACCCCAAAUUCCCGCUUCACCUCCCAGACAUCCACCGCCGAGGACCUACUCCGGGAGCAGACUGUGGGCCUGGUCAAUCUGUCAGACUUCCGCAAACGACGUGCCGAAGCAAUAGAACGCAAAGAACGAGAGACAUCUACCCCCACUCCCCGGAACGGCGCAUCUACGCCCCAGCCCUCGUUCAAGAAGAAGAUGAAGAAGACAGCGGCGAAGGGCAAGCUCUCCUUCGUCGUCGACGACCAUGAUGGGGACUCAAGUGCUUCUGCAAGCACGACGCCCCGUGGGAGCACCCCGGCCGACUCAGCUGCGACGUCCGAGUCGGAGAGCAAAGUCCCAAAGAAACGGCUAGGUGCCAACGCCCGCAUUGCCCUGAAGCCCAAAGCUAUGACGAAAUCUGCUCUGAUGCGAGAAGCACAGGAAGCGGAGACGGUGCGGAAAAAUUUCUUGGCCAUGCGUGAUGCUGUCAAGGCUACCGAAGUUGUGAUCCCCUUCGUCUUUUACGAUGGGACGAACAUCCCGGGCGGACGAUGUAGGGUGAAGAAAGGGGACCACAUCUGGCUGUUUCUAGACAAGGCGAGAAAGGUUGGCGCAGAGCUAGGCGUGGGCGGCGACAAGAGCAGGAGGGAUUGGGCCCGGGUCAGCGUCGACGAUCUGAUGCUGGUGAGAGGGGAACUCAUCCUUCCUCAUCAUUACGAAUUCUAUCAUUUUCUUUCCAACAAGGUCGUCGGCUUCAAUGGACCCGUCUUUGAGUACUCCGACCAGCCCACACAGGCCACUCCCACCGCAAGUGACUCGAAUCCUACCAGGUCGGCUGAAUACGAUCCCCUAGAGCGACAUGAUAGGAGCAAAGAAAAAGAUACCGCGAUACCUGAUGCCGAGCUCGAAGGCUUCCAUGACGAUGCAACGAUUACCAAGGUGGUCGACCGAAGAUGGUACGAGCGCAACAAGCACAUAUUUCCAGCUAGCGUUUGGGAAGAGUACAACCCAGACAAGGAUAUAUCCAAGAGCCAGCGGAAGGACACUGAAGGAAAUUCCUUCUUCUUUUCCUAA